AUGGCUGGCAACGGUUGGUUCCGUCCUAUGCAUGGGUUCCACCCUCAUCGGCCCGCUUUCCGCCAUCGCGCUGCUGCGACGCUUCUCGGUGGUGCGAUGUGGUUCUGGAUUCUUGUUCGUGCCAAGGAAGAUGGCCCAGUUUUGCUGGGAUGGCGUCACCCUUGGGACCACCACGGCGAUGCUCACUAA